CUGUCCUUCUCAAGAAUCAUUAGAUUCUUCUUCCAUUUGUGUCAUCUUAGUUUUACCUUUUUGGUGUCUCUAUUUCCAUUAUCCAUUAUCCAUUAUCCAUGGGAAGAGUUAGCUUGCCACCACCUGUUUGUGAUACAAAUCUCUCUCAAAGACUAUCUUUUGAGAACAACAACAAUAAUAACAAUUACCAUCUUCGUGAAGCUUCUUUUUCUUCCUAUUUGAACCAUGCAGAGAAAGAAUUUGUUCGUAAACUUGCUGAAUCAACAAGGGAUCAUCAUCGCUCAAAUUCCACUAAAACUCAAGAAGAUGAUGGAGAUAUUGAAGUUUUUGGAGCAGAGAAAUAUUUCAAUGGAGCCAUAUUUGAAACCACCCCUAAGCCCCUCAAAUUCCGCCCCAAAAAGCAACAACAGAAGAUGAUGAAUAUCCUUCACACCAACCACCCAAAAACUCCAAGUCUCCGUUCUGAAUCCAGUUGGAAUAGCCAAAAUCCAUUGUUGCAGGGUAGUACUGUUGUAGGUACAAACUCUAAUUCUUCCAACCCAACAAAGAAGAAGAAGAAUUCCUCACAAUUGGCUAAAGACUUUCUUUAUAAUUGCUAUUGCUGGGACAACAAAUCGGUGGAAUCUAUGAAUCACAAUGCCAAAGGCAAAUCAAAGCCAAAGCCAAAGCCAAAACAGAAACAACAACAGACCAAAACAGGGAUAAAUUUUACGUUUCAAAGCUCAAUCCCAGCUGAAGCAGCCAAGAAAAUGCAAAUUCAAGUAGAAGAACAACAAGGGAGAGAAUCAAUUGAGGUUUUUGGAUCUUCUUUAAUGGGGAAGCCAUCAAAUAAUCUGGAUGCUCUGAACUUGAACAAUUUCGAGAAGAAGCUUUCGACGAUGACAUGGAAUGACAUCGUUCCAAGAGUGAAGGAUUCUUCAAAUUCAAAUAUUUCCCCCACUGAUAAUUCCAAUUUAAUCUACAACGACGAUGUUGAAAGCGAUUCAAGUUCGGAUCUUUUCGAGAUUGAGAGCAUAACAAAGAACCCCAAUUCGUUUCUCACACGACAAGGCUCUGAUUCAACGGAUUGUUGUGUGACACCCACUACUUGUUAUGCACCGAGUGAGGCUAGCAUUGAGUGGAGUGUCGUCACCACCAGUGCUGCCGAUUUCUCCGUCGUGUCGGAUUACGAUGAACGCCGUCUCUCCAUCAACAGCCCUGUCAGAAACGUGACACCUGCCGCUGCUGCCUCCUACAUUCAGAGGCGGCGUUCGAAUCUUCUAAUGGGUUGCAAGAAUCAGAAGGCGGUGAUGGUGGCCGGAGAUAAGUAUAGUUCUGCCACGGAAGUUCACCGGAGAUCGGAGUCGUUCGGAAGAAUGACGAGGUUGGAAACUCAGAGGCUUGCUACGAAUUCACUUCCUCGUCUGUAUUCGCCUCAAAUCUCUAGUAUUUUGUAUGUUUAGCUUUUGAUUUUGAGUUUAUUCGUCCUAUGUUGGAUUUUUCUUUGCAAUUUAAUCAUCGGGUAAUAGAGUUUUAAUACGAAUCUUGAUUCAAAUGAAUUGAGAUAAUUAAUGUAAAAUAUUUUCAUCGGUAUAAUGCUUGAGAUAUGAAAAUUUCAACUUCACUAA